UGUUCACAAUCAUGUAAUCUAUUUCUGAUUCAGCUAGUGUUCUAUGAACACUCUCACAAAGAAACUUUCACUAUAUUACAUCACUUAUUUACUAACUUUUCUCAUUCUUCAAUCAUCUUCUUCAUCAUCAUCAUCAUUGAAUAUUAUUAUCAUCUUAUUCAAGAUUACUAUCUCUUCUUCUAUUCAACACCUUUUAUCUGUUUAUCUAUUACAUUAUACACAUUUCUGGUGAUGAUCUCUCAUUCUUAUAACAAGUGUCAUCAUAGUGCUUAUACUGAGCAGUUUAUUAGCAAAUUUUCACAUGUUAACAGAUCUGUAUUCACUGAUAAUAGUGAACUUAAUGUUGAAUCAUUGAUCAAGAACUUGAAAAAUAUGAUAAUGAAGAAAUUAUCUAUAUUAUAUAUAGCUGAGUCUUUCAUAUCUCUCUCUGUCUUCUCUGUUUCUUUCUCUGCUACUCUCUUUCAAUCUUCUACACCUGUCUCUGUGUCUGAUUCUCCUGCUCUCACUAUCUCUAUUUUCAUGACUUCUACUUCUGCUACUUCUGUUCUUUCUGAUUCUGCUGUCUCUGCUUUCAUUAUCAGCUCUCUCUGUUUUAAGAAGAUGUUACAUAGACUUAAUGAAUUACAUUUCUCAGUGUUUGCUCUGAUGUCAGAGAUCAUUCUAAUUGAAGAUAAUAACACUGUUAAGACUACUCUCUUCUGCUCUCAAGCUUCUUCUGUCACUUUCUCUCUCUUCUCUGUGAAGAAGAUUAUAUAUAUACUGA